AAUACGUUGGUCAGAGGACAGUUUGACACUAAACGUCACCCCUUAUGAUUGUCUGCUUGGAUUAUCCCGGAAAUGAGGUGGCACCUCUGUAGAACAAGCGAAAGAUAAACACGUAGCCGAAAGGUGGAUAUGGUUUAAAUAAAUCACAAUAGAAAGUUGCAUUGGAUUUGGAGAUCGCUUAAACUGCACUUUAUCAUUUUUUUUUUCAAAGGAACUCAAAACAGCCUCUGGCUGUUUCGUCCUAUCGCACUCUUACUGUGUGAAGAAGAGGUUUUGUUUCUGGGAGAUUCUGCAUUAGCGGAGUCGUGCAGCACCUGGCACAAGAUGGUGCGAGCAACCCUGGUUACAGCCACCAGUCUGGUGUUGACGGGAGCGGUGGUUGCCCAUGCCUAUCUUCUUAAAAACCAAUUCUACCCCACAGUGGUGUACCUCACUAAGAGCAGCCCCAGCAUGGCUGUUUUGUAUAUCCAAGCUUUUGUAUUGGUGUUUCUGUUGGGGAAAUUUAUGCGUAAAGUCUUCUUUGGACAGCUGCGGGCUGCCGAAAUGGAGCACCUGAUCGAGCGCUCGUGGUACGCUGUGACUGAGACGUGCCUAGCCUUCACUGUUUUCCGGGAUGAUUUCUCCCCUCGUUUUGUGGCCCUCUUCACAUUGUUGCUGUUCCUCAAGUGCUUUCAUUGGUUGGCAGAGGACAGGGUUGACUUUAUGGAGAGGAGUCCAAACAUCUCUUGGAUCUUCCACUUUAGGGUGCUGUCUCUCAUGGUGUUGCUGGCAAUAUUGGACUUCCUUUUUGUAAACCAUGCUUGUCAUAGCAUUAUCACAAGGGGGGCCUCGGUUCAACUGGUGUUUGGAUUUGAGUAUGCAAUUCUGAUGACUAUGGUUCUCACGACCUUUAUCAAGUAUAUGCUUCAUACGAUUGACCUCCAGAGUGAGAAUCCAUGGGAUAACAAGGCGGUGUAUAUGUUAUACACUGAACUCUUCACAGGUUUCAUUAAGGUGCUGCUGUAUAUGGCCUUCAUGACCAUCAUGAUCAAAGUGCAUACCUUCCCUCUGUUCGCCAUCCGCCCCAUGUAUCUUGCUAUGAGGCAAUUCAAGAAAGCUGUGACUGAUGCUAUUAUGUCCCGGCGAGCCAUCCGCAAUAUGAACACACUCUAUCCUGAUGCCACACCUGAAGACCUCCAGGCCUCCGACAAUGUUUGCAUCAUCUGUCGAGAGGAGAUGGUGACCGGAGCCAAAAAACUGCCCUGCAACCACAUCUUCCACUCCAGCUGCCUGCGCUCCUGGUUCCAGAGACAGCAGACCUGUCCUACGUGUCGCAUGGACGUCUUGAGAGCCUCUCAGCCCAAUCAGAUGCCAGCCCCGCCCCCUGCUCAGGCUCCAGCCCCAGCGCCACCCGCCAACGCACAGGUCCCUGUGCCCGGCAACGCCCCUGGGAUGAUGCCUCACUUCCCCCCCGGGCUCUUCCCCUUCUGGGGGCCGUUUCCUGGGGCUGCCCCUCCUGCCGCUGCGCCUGGCGCCCAAGCUGCUGCGGAUGCCCCCCAGACCGGCUCUGGUUCCACUCAGGCUCAGGCUCAAGGGAGCGGCACAUCAGCCCAACCCAAUGCAGAGGCUCCCGUCCCUGGAGGUGCCAUGGCGGGUUUCCCCUUCAACUUCCCCCCUCCUCCGUUCCCCUCCGCACCAUGGCUGCCAAUGCCACCACCGCCUCCCUUCAUGUCCUCGAUGCCUCCGCCGCCGGCCUCCCUGUCCAGCAUGUCUGACACGGAGCUGCGGGAGCUGGAGCAGGAGGGCCGACGGGGCCUGGAGGCCCGACUGCAGUGCCUCCACAACAUCCACACGCUCCUGGACGCCGCAAUGCUCAACAUCCACCAGUACCUCACCACCGUGGCCACUCUCAGCCCCCCUCGGACUGAAGCCAGCGCUGGAGAGGCCCCUGCUGCAGAGGCCCCUGCUGCAGAGGCCCCUGUUGGAGAGGCCCCUGUUGGAGAGGCCCCUGGGCCGUCUACCUCCCCGAACACCAACAGCACCGAGGAGGCCUCCAGCCAGGAGACCCCUGCUCAAAGCCCUGAACCGGUUUUGGGGGCAACGGGUUUCUCUCAACCAGACUCCACCACAGAGGAAGAGAAGCUGAUGGAAGGAGAGGCGGAGGAUGCCGAUGGGGAGCCCAACGCUGCAGAGCUCCGGCGGAGACGCCUACGCAAGCUGGAGACCACUCCACCUCUUGACCACUGAUGCACACCCAACCAUGCUGGACGAUCACUUCAAACAAAGACUUCAGUUACCUGAAUUUAUCUCGUUAUUUCUCCCUCUUCACAUGCUGUGUGUUUGGGGAUAAGUUACGUGGCCAGGUUGUCAUAUCAUCAUCAGACCCGCCCUUACCAUUCUUCAGCAUUGCGCACGUGGGGGACGCAGCGUUGCAUAUAUGUCUGGCACUCCCUUCUGCCUCCGGAAAGUUGUGUCUCGUGUGUGAAUGAAACAUGAACUGAGGACUCUCAGGGCCAACUGAGGGUGACCCAUUACCAGGCGGCCAACGUUGGCCACCAUUUUGCUUUUACUGUUGAAAUGAUCAAGCUUGGGUAGGGUUUUUUUUUUCGUAUGCUGUAUGUUUUUUCCAAAAUUUUGAAUAUCGUUCUCUUGUUUAGUAUAUGUUACAGCACAUUGGGAGGAGUUGGUUUUAACUGCAGCCAUUGUGUCCUUAAAUUUGGCCUUAGGGUUUUUGUUUAUA